AUGGCCGAACAGGAUAGGACAGUGGAGAGGGAGCAGAGUCACGACCUCGAACGUGUCGCUGACGAAAAACUUGACGCCGGCCUAGGUCCCGGCGGUCUUCGUACCGUCGAGCUGGGUCUUCCUGCCAGCGCAGUGGUCAGUUCCGUCAGCCCAGAAGAAGAGGCAAGGAUCUUGCGCAAGAUCGAUUGGCGACUUGUGCCGUUGCUGUCAUUUCUUUAUCUUGUCGCCUACGUCGACCGAAGCAAUAUCGGCAAUGCAAAAAUUGCUGGUAUGGCGACCGACCUGAAGCUCAAGGGGCUGAUGUACAAUACCGCACUUACCGUGUUCUUUGUUCCCUAUGGCUUGUUUGAAGUGCCAAGCAACAUCGUCCUAAAGCUGAUGCGUCCAUCAGUUUGGAUAUCCAUCCUGCUCUUUAGUUGGGGCCUAGUCAUGACGCUCAUGGGUAUCGUGAAAACCUACGAAGGCCUCGUUGCCGCGCGGUUCUUCCUAGGCGUGGCUGAGGCUGGCUUCUUCCCCGCGUCGACGUUUCUCCUGACGAUCUGGUACAAAAGAUAUGAGGUGCAACGGCGAAUGGCCUUCUUUUACGCCGCGGCAUCCCUUGCCGGCGCCUUCAGCGGACUUCUAGCAUAUGCGAUCGAGCACAUGGCUGGAAUCGCCGGUCUGAACGGUUGGAAUUGGAUCUUCAUCCUCGAAGGCAUCGUCCCAGUCCUCAUGUCACUCGUCAUCUGGAAAAUCUUGCCCGACAGCCCCGAGACGGCAGGCUUUCUCAAGAUUCACGAGAAGGAGUUCGUUAUCAACCGCAUCGCUCUGGAGACUGGCUCGGGCCACGGUCGCGUCACGAAUAUAGACCGCAUCCAGAUGAAGCACAUCACUGCAGCCUUCAAAGACUGGAGGAUCUGGUGCGCCGUCAUCUGCUUCUGGGCCUGCACCAUCUCAACUUAUGGUUUCACCGCAACCGUGCCCACCAUCGUCGAGCAGCUCGGGUACAAGAGCGCCCUAGCCCAACUGAUGACAGUCCCCAUCUACGUGGUAGCCAUGAUCUUCGUGCUCGGCUUCGCCUGGGCCAGCGACUACUACCAGCAGCGGACGCCGUUCAUCAUCGGCGGAUUCCUGAUCGGCAUCGUGGGGCUGAUCGCCGAGAUCGCCAUCCCGCACCCGCGCAUGACGGGCGUCUCGUACCUGUUCCUGUUCUUCAUCGCCGCAGGCCUGUACUCGCCCUUCAUCAUCCUGGUCGCCAUGAUCGGGAACAACCUCGCGCCCAGCAGCAAGCGCGCCGUCGGCAUGGCUAUCAUGAUCUCGGUGGGGAACUUUGGCGGUAUCGCGGGCAGCAAUAUCUUCUUGGCGAGACAGGCGCCCCGGUAUCCGGCGGGGUACGGUACUUGCCUGGGUAUCUUGGUUGCUGCUGUUAUUGCCGCCCUGGUGCUGAGGUUUGCGUAUGCGAGGGAGAAUAAGAGGAGGGAUGAGUUUAUGGCUGGCAAGACUGACGAGGAGGUCAGGGCUCUGUAUACGGAUCAGGAGUUGCUUGACCUGGGAGAUCUAAGCCCCUUCUUUAGGUAUACUCUGUGA